CAUACAAUUUAAUUAUUCUGUUAUAUCAUUAAUUAAUUAUUUGUUUAUACCUAUAGUCUGGCGGGAGUCUCAAGAAGUGUUACAAUAGCUGUGGCUUAUCUCAUGUCGGUCACGUCUUUGAAUUGCAAGGAAGCACUCGAAGCAAUCAGAGGCGCCAGAAGUAUAUCUUCGCCUAACUAUGGAUUCCAACGACAAUUAGAAGAAUUUGAACUCAGAAAACUCAAAACUGUGCGGCGUUUAAUCCGUUCGCAUCACAAUGUAUUGAAUUCACCGGAAAUGUGCGACAAUUCAUUGACUGCAAGUGCGCGGAGCGGAACCUCUACUCCGGUCGGGCCGUCACGAGGAUCACCGGCUGGAAGUCCUCAAUUGGGCACCAGUUAUAGGCGUUCGCCACACGUUCCCAGAAAAUUGACCACAACUUUGCUCAGAGAGAACAAAACACUUUGACUUUUGUUGUUUUGUACAAAAGAAAGUCAUUUAUUUUGUUGCUAACAAAGAAUUUAUUUUA